ACCCCAACGUCACCCGGAAACGCACCAGGAUUUAUUCUCCACAUUCAGUUCUCCUUUUUUAUCCGGAUGGUGGUGAAUGAAAUAAUCUCCCCAACGAAAAUACCCUGAUAACUUCCUGGUUUGGGAAAGCGAGCUGCAGUGUAUAUGUAGUGAUCCUUCAAUAGUAAAGUCAGUCGCACGCGAAGCAUUGUGUUGUGUUGUUGGGGUUUCGAUGCUUCCGACGAGGAUAAUACAAAACCAAUUACAUGUAAUUGUUUCAAGUCGAGAGUUUCGAAUAGAUCAGAGAAAACUCUUCAAUGAAGUCUAAAUCUCAGGCUGAUUUUAUAGUGGUAAUCUGAACUCACUGGAUGACGUUUUGGUUUUGAGUUGGUGUGUUUUGGACGGCAAGUUUUUGACUGGACCAUACAUUCUGGCGCAGGAGUUUUGUACCUUUGAUCUGUGUCACUGUGUGUAGCGCGGGUGCCGAAGGUCAACAAACGGGUUGUCCCUUCUCUGGCGUACACAGCUACUUGUAAACGGGCACGGACAAGUGCAUCACAGUAAAGUUAUGGAUGGGGAUCAAAAGAAUAGAUUAAAAGAAGGAUUCUUGGUGAAAAAGGGUCAUGUUCGUACGAAUUGGCGCACACGAUGGUUUGUGUUGUUCAACGAAGCAGUUGCGUAUUACAAGAAGAAAGAUGAUGAUUUUGCAGCGGGUGCUGUCUUACUUCAAGGGUGUUCAGUCUUAUCACCAUGCCUACAGUAUACAAAGAAAAAGAGUGUGUUCAAGUUAUCCGCCCGAGAUGGUACAGAGCUACUGAUGCAAGCGUCAAACGAUGAUGAAAGAGAUGAAUGGGUUAAAGCCAUUGGUGAAACAAUAAGAACUUGUAGCAUCUCGUCCUCGGACAACACUGCCAUGCCAAAGCUGACUGAGGCCCAAGUCAAACGCAACAAAGAUAUUAUACAAGCAAUGCAGGAUCCAGAUGCUGGCAUCAGGCUAAUGACCAAAACAUUGGAUGGGAGUGCUCAUAAGGAUUGCUUCUCAGGUGCAGAGUUAGUUGAUUGGCUUCUCAAAUGGUCAUUUGCCCAAUCAAGAGAAGAUGCCAUUUCAAAGGCGUCGGAUUUAGUCACUGCCGCUCAUUUACAACCUUUAGUCAAAUGCAGGAGUCUCGCCAACUGCCGACAGAUUUUACUGGACGAACCUAAAGCCUUCUACAAGUUUUCUGCCUUCCACAUGUCUGCCAUCAAGGCUCUGAUACCGAGUAGUGAUGAGUCAGACUCGAGUAACGACUCGGACUCAUCAGAGUCAAUCCCAAGAACCUCAUCGUCUUCUCAGAUCACUGUCAAGUCUUUCAAAGGAAACGGCGGGAAGAUUGUCAAGCAAGGAUUCAUGAUGAAGAGGGGCCAUAUGAGACACACUUGGAAAGCCAGACUCUUUGUGCUGUUUAAUGAACCACCAUAUUUGGUGUAUUUUAAAGGUUCAAAGGCCGAUGAUGAGAAACCACUGGGUGAGAUCCAACUACGUUGGUGUAAGGUUGACAUCGUGGAUGCUAGUCAAGAUAAAUCAGACUUAACGUUGAAGAACAAACAACGCCAGAAUCUGUUCUGCGUGACAACACAGAAAGGAAAAGUCUACUUGUUUCAGACAAAUAGCGUCGAAGAGAGAACGGAGUGGAUGAGGGCUAUAAUGAGCCCUAAUGAUAUCGCUUAAAGGCACUGGACACUUGGUAAUUACUCAAAACAAUUGUAGGCAUAAAACCUUACUUGGUAACGAGCAAU